AUGGCUCCACCACGAAUGGCACCUGGUCAGCGAGGGGGAUCUCCGUAUCCUGCUAGGGGAAAUACUCCCCAGCAGCAUGGAGGUCCUCCUCGGGGGCGAGGUGGCGGGCGAGGCGGAGGUGUAGGAGUUACUGGGCCACAAGGCGGUCCCAGUGCCUCCAUUUCUUCUGCUGUACAACCUGUUGGUGUACGUCGUCCUGGAUUUGGGACUGCGGGCAGGCAGAUUACCGUUGCCGUGAAUGCUUGUGAAAUGAAUAUACCGGACAUUACGGUUUAUCACUACGACGCAAUGGAAAAGUCGCUUCGGGCAGCGUUCAACUUGAAGCUGAUCGUCGCGCUGCAGAAGCAGUACCCCGACGUAUUCAUCAAGGCAGCCGUUUAUGAUGGCAAGAAAAAUCUGUAUACGAGCUAUAGGUUGAAUUUUGGUACUGAGCAUCACCGCCAGUUCAAUGUGGCUUGGACCGAAGGAACUCGAAUAUCGAAUUUUAAGAUUACUAUCACCGAGGCGAGGGAAAUAGAUUUGGAGUACACGGCCGCUCAGCAGUCCUGGGACGAGAAUGUGUCCACUGCUCUCACAGCCCUGAACAUCGUGCUACGCAUGGAACCGUCGCUCAACCAUCCAUUCCGAGUCCGGUCGUUCUACAGCGACAAAGUCAAGGCACCUCUGGCCAAUAUGCCGCUGGAGGUCUGGCAAGGCUACUUUCAAUCCGUUCGACCUGCUUUAGGCCGUCUGCUUGUUACCAUCGAUGUCUCUGCCGGUGUCAUGUUCAAGCCGGGUCCCUUGGUUGAGACGUGCGUCGAAUUCUUCGGCGGAAAUCGCAAAGACAAUCCGGACAGGUAUCUACGAGCGCAGGCAAUACCCCCAUUGCAACGACGCCGCCUCCAAAACUUUCUCUUUGGUGUCAAGGUCGAGGCUGAGUCUGCAGCUGGGGUGAAGAAGCUUGUCACCAUCCACAAGCUCACGGAACGGGAUGCCGCGUCCACAAUUUUCACUCCGACUGGUGGUAAACAGACGACCGUAGCGCAAUACUUCGCCCAAGCGGAGAACAAGAGGCUACGGCUUCCUAAUAUUAUCUGCAUGCAGACUGCGAAGGGCGCCGUGAUUCCCCUCGAGCGAUGCACUAUCGUUCCCGGCCAGCUUUCUCGGGCUGAACUCACUCCGGAUGCUACACGGGCUAUGGUGGAGUUUGCGACAAAGAAACCUGAUCAGCAAUUGAAUGCAAUCAGGGCUGGCAUCCAGACUCUUUCUUAUGGCCAAUCGCAAUACGUCAGAGAUUUUGGACUACACAUCGACACCAAUUCUCUACCCAUGGGGGCCCCUGCUCGGGUACUCAACCCGCCAGACCUGAAAUACGGAACGGGAUCAAAGCAACCGAGUAUUCGACCGAAGGAGGGAACGUGGAACCUGGUUGAUAAGAAAUUUUUCAAGCCUAUGCCCCUCGGCCAUUGGAUGGUUGUGGUAUUCAUGCAGCCGAACCGUUUCAGUCCAGAUGAUGCGAAAACGGCAAUAAGAGGUUUGAUUCAAGGAUGCGAAGCUGUCGGUAUGCCGGUGCAAGAGAAGCAGCCGUUGUUUGUCUAUAAGAAUCCACAGAGCAACAUAGACCAGGCUAUUGUUGAUGCAGUAAAGCAAAACCGAGAUGAGCGCAAGGCGACUCCCACAUUCAUUUAUGUACAGUCAUCGCUUCCAGGCCUUGGAGUAUUAUUAACGGGUCAUACCAUCUCUAGCUGCGGUGAUAUGAAGCGAGGUGUCGCCAAUCAGUGCCUGAGGGUCGGCAAAUGUAGAAAUGCCAGACCGCAAUACUGGGCAAAUGUCGCACUGAAGAUUAACGCCAAGUUAGGCGGCGUCAAUGUUAUUCCAGACCCCAAGUCGGCGCCUAUCAUUUCUGAUCCUAGGCAACCGACGAUCGUUAUGGGCGCCGACGUGAUGCACCCAGCUCCGGGGAGCCAAUCGCCCUCGUACGCUGCAGUAGUAGGGAACAUCGAUUCCGACGGCGCUCGGUAUAUAGCCAAGACCACACUCCAACUAGGGAGGAAAGAGAUGAUUGAGGAUUUACGCUCGAUGGCGAAGGAUAUUCUCACGUCGUAUAUGGGUUAUAGAGCCAACGUCGAGAAGGUUACGACGCCGCCCAAACGACUGAUCUUUUUCAGGGGCAAGUCAUCGAACGGCGUGUCCGAGGGCGAAUUUAAGCGCGUUUUAGACUUGGAACUUCCCGAGCUUCAAGCUGCCUGCGCCGACGCUAAAAUCUCUCCGCCUCCCAAAAUUACGUUCAUCGUUGUUGGGAAACGUCACCAUACCAAGUUGACCCCAAAGGAUGGCAAGGAGAGAGAUCCGAAAAGCGGUAACCUCCCUGCUGGUACUGUUGUCGACCAAGCAAUCACCAAUCCCAUCGAGUUCGACUUCUUUUUGUUGAGUCAUGCAGGCCUUAUUGGUACAAGCAAGAGUUCGCAUUACUCUGUUGUGCACGAUGACUUCGGGUUUGAUCCGAAUGCGAUCCAAGCUCUGGCUUAUACCCUCUGUUUUACCUACGCUAGAGCGACACGCUCGGUGUCCAUUCCUACACCUGUCUACUAUGCGCAUAUUGUUUGUAAGCGGGCAAAGACACACUAUGACCCCCAGGCUGCUCCGCUGUCGAUCAUGUCAGGAGGAUCGCAAACCCGAGAAGAGACACUUGCCCAGCACCAAGGACAGUAUCAAGGGGUGCAUAACGUUCAGGCGAAGCGCAUGUACUUCAUGUGA